AUGGGCUCCACCGUGCGAGAAAGCACUUGCUAUGAUUCGACCUAUCUGGCCGAAUACUACGACAUCUGGACAGGCACGCGCAAUGACACCAGCUACAACUCAGAUGCGCUCAUCCAGAUGGUCUAUAGAGCACCAUCGUCACAUAUUCUCGUGCUUGAUGCUUGCACUGGCACUGGCCGGCUGAUUCGGGCAAUCACUAGCUAUGCGAAAAAUCAGUCUGAUAUUUCCCUCGCGAAUGUGGAGUUCAUUGGACUAGACAAUGAACCCCAUAUGAUUGCGCGAGCGGAGAAAAUAAAUUCAAAGCUACCUGUUCAAGCUGGCUGUCGAAGCAUAACUUGGCUUCUGGGCUCAGCGCUGGAUAUGUCGUCCCUUCCCGACUUUCAAACAAAAAAGGUUGACCUUCUCACGAUUGGCUUCGGGAGUAUUUCGCACUUCUACCGACCAGGUCAACCUGAGAAGUUCCUAGAAGAGGUGGCUCAUAUCUUGACUCCGGAAACAGGAAUAGCUCACAUCUCGAUUGUGAGCAAGCUUAUCGCAGAUCCAGAGUUGGGUUUGGAUAAGGAUAUAACAGAUCCUUUGCCACCUAGUGAACAUUCUAGUGUCGAGUUUCCAGGUGUAGUUUAUCGGGAGAAGGUGUAG